AUGUCCGUAUUUGACGAAAUUGAUGAAAAUGUCAAGAAGUUCUUAGACAGAUUUGAUGGAAAUGGAGAUGGAGAGGUAUCUUUUGAUGAAGUUGUCAACAAAUUGACUGCCCAGAAAGUCAAAGAUCCACAAGGAACUGCUUACAAAAUCUUCAAGCAAAUUGAUGAGAAUGGAGAUGAAAAAAUCACCAUCAAUGAACUCAGAAUGAAUUCCAACAAAUUCAAGAAAAAUGAAAUUGAUCAAUUGAUCAAGAAAGAAAUCGAGUUUUUCUUUAAAAACUAUGAUGUUGAUAACGAUCAAGUUUGUACUUUUGAGGAGGUUUAUAAUUUCUAUGAAAAGAGAGGAGAUAAGCGCCCAGAAGCUAGAACCAUGGCUAUUUUUUCUGCUUUUGACAAGGAUAAAUCAAGCACAAUUACCAAGGAAGAAUGUAAUACCAGAUUCUUGAACAAGAAGUUUGGUCAAGUAUAG